CGCACUAAGAUACUUUCUCAGAUACGCAGCUACUGGCAGAUUCCUAAACGCUAGGAGACGCACACAUAGAAACAUUGACACACUCCCAAGACAGACACAAAACCCAGACAGGGGCACGGGCGUGCACAUACACACACAGACAGAGGCUCCCGGAUUCACAUUCACUGACGCCCGUCUCUUUCUGGAGUCAUUGGCCGCAUCGGGCCACCUCUCGCUCAGUUACAAAACAUCCAGCACAUUUUGCAAGUUCCGGCAAGUUUCGCAAGCUCUUUUUGUUUAAAUUCUUUGGCCAGGUCUACCGGUACUGUUCGCUUUCCCUAUUUUGCCUUGCCAGGCUGGUGUUUCUUUGUGUCCCCUAAGCAGCCCAUAAGAGACUCGACUGGGACGGUUGUUAUUUCUUUGGUUAAAGUGAGACGUGUGAGUGGAUUAUGGGGAAUCCAGAUAUCUCAAGAAAGUGCAUGCUGAUGUUAGUGAUCCUCAUGCUGCGAUGUGCUGAAGGAAAAACUGUAGAUCUUGAAUCUAAUGCAUUGUUCAAGUACAAAUACAUUGUCGAUUUGUCACUGGAGACUUUGUUCCGCCCAGCAACAUUGCCAGGAUCAGGAUUCAGGAUUGAAGCUGUCACUCAACUUCAUGUAGUUUGGGAAAAUAGCAGCAGCCAGCAUGACAAGCUAAUUCAAUUGCAAAUACAAGAAGUAAAACUGCUGAACGUGUCUAAACAAAAUGAGAAUCAAAACAACUUCAAAAACAUGCACGUUGAGAAUUUGCUGGGACCUACAAUAAUGGUAGCUUUGAAAAAGCCCGUGGUUUUUCAUUGGAGAUCUGGGAAGAUAGAGGCUCUGUACGGCUCUGCAGAAGAAAGGGGAUUUCUUCUAAACCUAAAACGAGGUCUGGUUAGCCUUUUCCAAUUACAACAAAACUCUGGGACAAUUACUGAGGUUGAUGUGUCUGGCAACUGCAGAGUCACAUAUUUAACGGAGAAUAACCAGGUGACCAAGAUCAAAGACCUCCUUAGUUGUGAGAGACCAGAAUUUGGCUUUAAUGCAUCCAAUCAGGUUUUCGGAGUUCAGUGGCAACCCACAUGUAAAGGUCUUUAUUCUGUGGAGAAUGGUGUUAUCAAAACAGCUGUCAUCGAGGAGGGUCAUGUAUUCAAGCUCAAUCUUCAAACAAAAAUUGGAGCUAAAAUCAGCUCAAGACAGCAGCUUCACUAUUUGACUUCAGAGUUAAGGCCCAAAGCACUUUAUGGGAAAAGUCUCCAGGAAACACUGCAAAAUCUUGGGAUCUUCACACCCUUUUCUUUGACUGGUGUUCUGGAGAAGAUACCCUGCAAGAAUUGUACAUUUGCAAAUGGCUAUUUGAAAAGUCUCAAUGAAAAAGACAGCCUGCAAGAUGUUUCUAAAGUAUCUGCAGCAAAAGUUUUUCUGGCUUUUGUUCAUCUACUGAGAGAAGCAAAGAAGAUAGAAAUCCUGAAUUUUCUGAAGAAGGCAGCUGACAAUGAGAUCUCCUUUCUGAUAGACUCAGCGACAGCAGCACAGACAGAAUCAUCCCUAAGUGCACUCUCGGAAUAUCUGGAUUUCACCACAGAAAAACACAUUUCUCAAGUGCAGACAUUCUUAUACGCUGCCGCCUUGUCUUCCCGCCCAUCUAAAGAGCUCUUAAACACAUUGCUGGCUAAGCUUAGGGGUAAAAUUGCGAGCAGAGAAGUCCAGGAAACCACCAUUUUAGUGAUUGGAGCAGUGAUUGGCAAAAUGUGUCUAAGGAAUCUCUGUAAGCUCCAGGAAGUUGAAGUUGCAAAGAAAGUGAUUUUGGAUGGGCUGACUGCAGCUAAAGAAGAGUCCGAUGUAAAAAUGUACCUCCUAGCACUUAAGAACGCACUUCUUCCAGAAACUAUCCCACUCUUGUUACAGUACACCAAGAGGCAAACGAACUCUGUGACAUCUAUUGUUGUGGCUGCACUACAGAGAUUUCCAAGUGUCUAUAUCACUCAUGAGGUGAAGAAGCAGAUGAUCAGAAUUUUUCACCAAAGCAGGAGUCAGUAUGGGACUGCUGUGCGAAUGGCUGCACUAGAUGUAAUCCUCAAUAACCAACUUUCAUCCAUGGAAUUGAAAAAUAUCGUGCUGUCUGUGGGAGAAAUGGAACCAGAACUAUCUAAGUAUACGGUGGCAAAACUGCAGAAUAUCCUACACUCAAGCCACCAUCCAGCAAGCAAAGUAAUCCGUGAGGUCCUGAAAGAUCCAAUGAUAAAUAAUUAUAAUUGCUUGUCCAGAAUUGGGAGUUCAUCUUCCUCUUCAGGAUAUUUAGCAGUUACCACAGAUACAAUAUCCACUUACAAUAUGGAUUUACUUUUUGGAGACACUGGAAUAUUACAGAAGAGUCAUACAGAUUUCUUCAUAUUUACUCAGGGAGGUCAGCUUCAUGCAACACAGGUAUCAAUUGAAGCAAAAGGUCUGGACUCAUUCUUCAAAGAAAGCUCUACUCAGGAUGAUGAUGAAAUCAUGGCCGGUAUGUCAGUGAUUCUCUUCGAUGUCCAGUUCCCUCCAGCUGUAUUUUUCCAAGGAUACAGUGAUCUAAUGGAGAAGCUCUGGUCAGUCACUGAAGAACCUACAAGUAUAAUAAAAGGAUCCAUUUUACUUAUUGACUAUCAACAGGCAUUCCUAUUGCAGUCUGGCCUUCUAGCAAAUGCUGAAUUCGAAGGGGGACUUGGAAUUGAUGUUUCAGGCAAUAUUGAGCUCAGUUUAUGGAGUCAAAAAUGUAAAACCAACAUCAGAAGCAGAGGGGCACUGGUGAUUAAUUCUAUAAUCAGAGUGGACACCACUUUUGUUCAAGUAGGAGUGGAAAGCAAUUCUGAGGCUACAGUUUCUUUGGAUUUUGUCAGCUCUGUUAAAUUUAUAGAUUCCCCAAUUCUUAUUUGUCUACAACUACUGAAUGGGCCAUUCAAAUACAGAGAGAAGGUUGUGAUCUACAAAUCAUUUCAAGAGCAUGUAGUGUUUAUCAAGAGGAAGAAGCGAACAUGGACUGUUCAGGGAGCAGAGUUGCCUCUUCAUCGAGCCAAUUCAGAAAUGUGUAAAAAGCUGUUCUAGGUUUCAUCUGGGUGCUGAACUGGUUUGGCAUGAAGUGCUCAAUGAAAGAGUAAAAUUAGCUGGAUGGAGAAUUUCCCGUGAACUGCUCCCUCCUCUUUGCCAAAACUUUGCCAUUCCAUAAACCCCACUUAGCAAUGGCUGUAACAUUAACAAUAUAACUGUUCUUUGGCAGGUUGUUAACCAAUCCUCUGGGUAUGAUCAUUAUUAUUAUUACAUUUGUGUUUGAUUUAAAAGAAAAAUGCAAAUAUGAAAAUCAGUAAAUGCUUUAGGACUUCAAUCACAAAUAUCCUCCAGAUCAAAGUACACUUUUCUGUGAUGUUAAAAGUCACUUGUCAAAACUACCUUAUUUAAUUACCUUACCAGUGUUGGUUAAUCUUUCAAAUCAAGAAUACAGCAUUUCAUAUAAUUCGGUCUCCCAAUUCCUGACCUAUGCUUCGAAUUUUUUUUUUGCCUUUUACCUAGUUUUUCCUUCUUAUUUUAAUCAUCUUAUCUGUUGAAUUCACUCCCAUGUGUUCGUCAAUUGCAAGGUCAGAGCAAUGGGGUUUGACUUAGCUGCCUAUUUAUGUUGAGCAAUUAAGAGGUUGUUGAAGUUGCAGUGCAUGUUUCAAAGCAUAUAAGGUGUCAGUUAGCUGAAAACGGAAAUUGAAUUAUCCAAAUGCCCACAAUCACACACCUCCCAAAAAUUGAUUAAUUUGGUUCCUAUUGCAACUUCAAAUUCGAUUUACUUAAAAUAAUUAAAACCUAUUGUUUCAUUGGCUUUCAUCCAUUGCUAAUUGCUUAUUUUUGAUUUGGAUAAAGGCUACUACAUUUGGAAUACUGAACUCACAGCAAAAUAAUAAAUCUUCCUUGCUCUUAGCGGUCAAUAUAACUCUCCAAUCUGAAAGGAAAGAGAAAGAAAGUUCUGGUAAUACUCAGGGACUGCAGAUAGAGCACAGAGUUAGAAAACAAGCACAUUUUAAGUUUCUGAUAAAUGGGAUGGAGUUGGAGUGGUGGGGUGGGUGGGGUGGGCGGGGGGGGGGGGGUUGGUGGUUGUUGAGUGGAUGGAGAGAUGUGGGGAGUAUGGAGACCAAAGAAUAACAGAAUGCAAUAGGAACCAAAUUAAUCAAUUUUUGGGAGGUGUGAGAUGCAGGUUUAAAAGGGGUUGUGAGCGCUUGUUAACCUCAGCUGAUAUGGAGGGGGUAUAAAUGGAAGAUGAAUGAGAAAAGGGGAACAAAUUAGAUCAGUGAGGUACAAAACACAGCAUCUGCUAGAAGUCUGAAAUAAAAAAAGAAUGUUGAGAAUGCUCAGAUGGUAAGGCAACAAUUGCAGACAGAGGAAAACUGAGCUAACAAUUGAAGUUGAUGACCUUACAUCAGAACUGGGCAGUUCUGAUACCCAUUCCUUCUAGAUUGUAUCUCUAAUUGUUGAUUUCUAUACUGCUAGCAGAAAAUGCUGGGAAUACUCUGCUAGUAAGGUAGCAUCUAUGGAGGAAGAAACAAAGUUAAUGUUUUAGCUCAAUGAUCUUUCAUCAGAAAUGGGCAACAUUAGAAAUAAUGUUUGUAAUACCAUGUCUCUCUUCAUCUGCACCCUAUUUCAGACAUUUCCUUUGUCUCUCCUUCCUUUCCCCUUUCUCUGCAACUUUUAACUUUUCCCAGUUCUGAUGAAACAUAAUGGUCUGAAAUGUUAACUUUGUACGCCCAAACUGCUGAGAAUUUCCAGUAUUUUCUGCUUUUAUGUAAGAAGGAUAACUGAUUUAUUAUAACCUGAUUCAUUUCAUUCCCCAUGUUCUUGACAAAAUUUAAAACAACAAACAUUUACUGAAGACUAUUAAUCACCAUUGAAUAUGUUAAUUUGCAACAAUAUGCAAUGGAGUACUCAGCAUAUAAAUUAGAAGCUGCUUCUUAGGCAGUCCCUUGGGAUUGAGGAUGACUUGCUUCUUCUCUGGUUUUGUGGGUUCUAAGGUGGCCUGUGAAGAUUUUCACAGAUAGGGUAGGAAGUGGAUGACAGGGUGGGUGGGUAGUUUAUUAGGUAAUGCGCUUCUUCUGCCACCUACAGUGAGCUUCUGUAUGCUCACAAUGCACAGGCUGGAGGUACUCAAUACCAUCCCAAGUGCUUCUUCUCCAUGUUGACGUACCUAGGAAUCAGUGAGGAUGUUGCACUGCUUCAACGAAGAUUCCAGCACAUCCUUGAAUCCUUUUCUUUGUCUGUCUGGUAAUCCCCUCUCAUGACGGAAUAGAAUUUCUGUUUUGGGAGUCUGGUGUCAGGCCUGCAAAUGACACGGCAAGCUCAACAUAGCUGACUGUGACCAAGCUUCAAGACAUCGCAAGGAGCAUUAGCGUUACACUUAACAUCCACAAGACCAAGGUUCUCCACCACCCUGCCUCCCACUGCACUCCUCUGAUAAUAAAGAUUCAUAUGGUGACUCUAGAAAUCUCAUAUUUCAGAAGCUCUCUCUCUGUGAAGGCAGACAUUGAUGAUUAAAUUCACCACUGCCUUCUAUUUGCCAGCACAGACUUUGGUCAAUUGAGGAAAGGGUAUUUGAGGAUAGAUCCAGCACCAAACUCAUGGUGUACCAGGCAGAAGGGAUCCCUGUGCCCCUGAGACAUGGACUACCUAGAGAAAAUGGUACCUCUGAAAAAUUCUCCAAAAUUACUGGAAGGAUGAGCAAACUAAUGUUAACAUCCUCUCCCAGGCCAAUAUCCCCAGCAUUGAGUAAGCAGAAUACAGUACCAUUGACCUUCAAACUCUGAGGGGCCAAAGACUUGAAGGAUUUUUCAUUUGCAAACUUAAUUUUUUAAGACUAUAAUCAAUCUGAUGGCAGUCAAAACUAUGUAUAGUUAUUCUGAUUGUGAUGUGCUUCAUUGAAUUAUGCCUGUCUUCAAGAAUUGAACUUCUUAUUCACAAUUUGAAUUUUUUAACCUGUUAUAAAGAUAUCAACACUUGUUGUAUCAUUUCCUAGA